UGACUCGUACAGGAAGGAAACCGUGGCCGCAGGAUCCGCCCGCCGGGCCAUGCUGCUCCGGCCGCUGCCGGGCUGGGUCGCCCGGGCGCUGCGAUGUGCAGGGCUUGGGAACUCCGGGACCCCCGCCUCGGGCACCAGGCCACGGGGGGCACAGCGCUGGGCCUGGCCUUCGGGUAACUCGUGUCUUGUUCCCGCAUCGCCGGGGUCCCCCAACUCCGCCGCUCAGCUCGAGGGACCUGCGUGAACCCGAGACUCCACCUCGGAGUCGGGAUUACCUUCUUGGGCAGCAGCAGGCGGCAGGGGCGUUAUUGGCCGGUACCCGGAUGUGAGCAGCGGUGGGGCCCGGACUGUCUCGCAUCUGGUCUGGGGAAACGUGGAGCGGGGCUGCCCGAAGCGUUCCCGCACAGGCCCAGGUCCUCCGGCCCAUUUCCUGGUCCAGUGCUUUCGGCCUUCAGGAGCUGGGGACAUUUCACUCGUCCUCGGAGGACGCUGGUGACAGCAGGUGGUGGGCCAGCUAAGGACAGAGCAAUGAAAAAGAAAAAAAAUCAGUGAUCUGCGUGGAGGGCAAUAUUGCAAGUGGGAAGACGACAUGCCUGGAGUUCUUCUCCAACACGACAGACAUCGAGGUGUUUACAGAGCCUGUGCCCAAGUGGAGAAAUGUUCGUGGCCAUAAUCCUCUGGGCCUGAUGUACCGCGAUGCCAGCCGAUGGGGCCUCACCCUGCAGACGUACGUGCAGCUCACCAUGUUGGACCAGCAUACUCGUCCUCAGACUUCACCAGUACGGUUGAUGGAGAGGUCGAUUCACAGCGCAAGAUACAUUUUUGUAGAAAACCUGUAUAGAAGCGGGAAGAUGCCCGAGGUGGAGUACGUGGUUCUGUCCGAAUGGUUCGACUGGAUCGUGAGGAACAUGGACGUGUCUGUUGAUUUGAUAGUUUAUCUCCGGACCACUCCCAAGACCUGUUACCAGAGGUUGAAGAUGAGAUGCAGGGAGGAGGAGAAGGUCAUUCCACUGGAAUACCUGGAUGCCAUUCACCACCUCUACGAGGAGUGGCUCAUCAGAGGAAGCCUUUUCCCUGUGGCAGCCCCUGUUCUGGUGAUCGAGGCUGACCACAACAUGGAGAAAAUGUUAGAACUCUUAGAACAAAACCGGGACCGCAUAUUAACUCCAGAGACUCGGAAGCAUGGCCCAUAGGACGGAAAAGGUCUCUAGGAUCACGCCAGAAAAGUACCCACAGGCGCCAAGGUAGAUUAGAAGAAAUCUGGAAAAAAUCUGUCUGAGGAGGGCCUUUUAUCUGCCCAGAAUUAUUUUCUUAAUGCAGUUUUCUCCUUUGCCAGCGUCUUCAUCGUGGGUCUCUGGCCCUCGUGAGUAAAUGACACAUGAGACCAACGAAUCCCUUUGGGGUUCUCACCCCUUGCAUUCUCCCCCGUGCCUCUCCGGGGUGGGGGCUUCCCACUGCUGGGUCUCUCUAAUGAAGCCCUCAGGAAAAGCACCUGCCACGUGCCCUGACAUCAUGCUGGGCUCUGUACCCACAUUGUCACUCACCCUGCACACCACCCAGGAGGACAAGAUGGUCUUACAUCCCAGGUGCAGCAUCAGAAGCUCAGAGCGGUUAAGGGACCUCCUGGGCAUCGCACAGGCAGUGUGCAGUGGGGUUGGUGUCAUUCAGGCUUUCGGCAGACGCCAAAACUAUGUGUUGCCCCAGGCUGUCUCACACUGAGGGCUGGUCCCCCACAGC